AUGGAUUCCGACUCUGGCUCCAUCUGCAGCCGCUCCUCGUCCCCAGACCUGGUGGUGGACGACUCUGCUGGGAGCUUCUUCUCCAACAAGAUGUUCCAGACAUACUGCCAAGAAAACAGAGCAGACAGCGAGGCCAGCCAGGGCAGGAUGAAGCGCUGCAGUGGGGGCGGUAAGACCAAGAACAGGUCUGAGCUCAACAAGGAUGAGGUGCAAGACCUGAGACUGAAAGUCAACAGCCGGGAGAGGAAAAGGAUGCAUGAUCUGAACCAGGCCAUGGAUGGGCUGAGAGAGGUCAUGCCCUACGCUCAUGGACCUUCAGUUCGCAAGCUGUCAAAAAUUUCCACCUUGCUGUUAGCUCGCAACUACAUCCUCAUGCUGUCCAGCUCCUUGGAGGAGAUGAAGAAGUUGGUGGGGGAUGUUUAUGGCGGCAGUGCUGCCGCCCAGAGCCGCACCGCUGCCCACUCCGCUAUCACCCCUGCAGCCCCCACUGCCCUCCACCCUCUGCAUCCUCUGGCCCAGUCUCUGCACUCUCUUGUGGCCAGCACGCCCUCAGCUCUCCAGCAUCACUCACCUUCUCCUGCUGCAGCCCCAGCCCCGCACUCUCCUCCAUCCACCAGCUUUCUGGGUUUUCACGCUCCAGUCCAGGGCCUUCUGAAGGACCCCCUGCACCUAGCCAGCUCCUACAGGCACUUCCCCGGCAUGCCCUGCCCCUGUUCACUCUGCCAGCCUUUGCCCACCACUACCUCCACAUUACACAGCCUGUCUAUGACCAAGUGA